AUGCCGCCUGGUAGACGGGCUGGGAAUUUUCUAGCUUGCCGGAUCAGCCUUGGUUUGUCCGCCAUACUUCGAAGUCUUGAUUACAACCAGUACUUGAAGGUGCUGUUUUCGUAUUUGGACCCAGUCCUUAUCAAUAAAGAGCGUAGCAGGUUUGUGAGGUGUUGGCACGCAGAGACUGACGGUUGGGCAGCAUCGACAUUCCACAGUAACUGCGAUGGGAGGGGACCCACAGUGACCAUCAUCAAAGUUAACAGUUAUAUCUUUGGUGGAUACACUGACGUGUCCUGGACCAGCAGUCCCUGUGCUUCUUCUUCAGCCAGCAAAGCUUUUGUUUUCUCUCUUUACAACGUCAAAGGAUACAAUCCUGUGAAGCUGACACAAUACCAAAACCAGCAAUACGCAAUGUACAGAUGUUCCUCCUACGGACCCAUUUUUGGUUGGGGACAUGACAUCAUCAUAUAUGACGACGCUGUAAACAAUCAACACUCUUUUACUGAAUGCGGUGGGACGUACAAAAACCCCACGGGUUAUUCGGGUGAAAACUGUGGAUUUUUCACAGGAAGUCGUCAAUUUACUCCAGCUAACAUUGAGGUUUUUUUCGAAAUAACAAACUAA